AGCAGCAAGUGGAUUUGUUGUCUUCCUUCUCUCUGUACAAGUGAUACAGAGUCAGGAUGGCUGGGGAGUGACUUACACCUCUACUCAGAUCUGUGCCUUAAAAGGAUCAACAGUGGAAAUAAGCUGCACCCUCACAUACCCAUCCAGAAGAAAUGGCCGUGAUACUAAAGUUGAGGAAACAUUAUGGUUUACUCAAAUGAAUGGAGAUGUACAUGUGGAUCUGAAAACAGACUCAAGAUACGCAGGUCGUUUGCAGUACAGUUGUUCUAACAAAAUCUGCACUCUGAGAAUCACAGACCUGAGAGAGAGCGACUCAGCUGAGUACAAGUUCAGGUUCAUAACAAACCAGCCAGGUGGAAGAUUUACUGGUUCACCUGGAGUCACUUUGUCUGUCAGAGGUCUCCAGGUGCAGGUCAGAAGAUCUAGUGUUUCUUACUGGGCAACCCUAAUGUGUUACAGCAGCUGUCAUCUACCUGAUCAUUCUUCCUACGUCUGGUACAAGAAUGGACAGAAAAUUCAGAGAGAAACAUUUUCUUCUUAUUCAGGCAACUUCUAUUAUCCAGACAGUUAUUCCUGUGCAGUGAAAGGACUGGAGGGUUUCCCCUCUCCUUCAGUGUGUGGCCAUGGUCAUUCAUGCAACAGAGUGACUUACACUGACAGAAGCAUCUGUGCUGUCAAAGGCUCAUCAGUGAACAUUUCUUGUAUUUACAACAGUUAUGACACAGAUAUCAGAUCUAAAUUCUGGUUCAGUCCUGAACGUAGUCUUCAGUGGCAGAAUCCCUCACAGCCUGAGGACCUUAGUGAAGACUCCCAGUAUGCAGGUCGUGUUCAGGUCCUUGAAACAGAGAGAGGACGCUCCACUCUGAGAAUCACUGACCUGAGAGAGAGCGACUCAGCUGAGUAUCACUUCAAAUUCACAGCAGGAAGCUUUGAAUGGAGGAGUAGUUUACCUGGUACAACUCUGACUGUCACAGAUCCAGAUCUCCAGGUUCAGGUGAUCAGAUCAACAGACUACACAUAUAAUCAGGCAGAGCUGCUUUGUCACAGCAGCUGUCGUCUACCUGAUCAUUCUUCCUACAUCUGGUUCAAGAACGGACAGAAAAUUCAGACAGAAACAUCUUCUUCUUAUUCAGACUACUUUGAUUCUGCAGACAGUUAUUCCUGUGCUUUGAAAGGACUGGAGGGUUUCCCCUCUCCUUCAGUGUGUGUCUAUGGUCAAACCUGCAACAGAGUGACUUACACUGACAGAAGCAUCUGUGCCUUCAAAGGCUCAUCAGUGGACAUUUCUUGUACUUACAACAGUUAUUACACAGAUAUCAGAUCUAAAUUCUGGUUCAGUCCUGAACGUAGUCUUCAGUGGCAGAAUCCCUCACAGCCUGAGGACCUUAGUGAAGACUCCCAGUAUGCAGGUCGUGUUCAGGUCCUUGAAACAGAGAGAGGACGCUCCACUCUGAGAAUCACUGACCUGAGAGAGAGCGACUCAGCUGAGUAUCACUUCAAAUUCACAGCAGGAAGCUUUGAAUGGAGGAGUAGUUUACCUGGUACAACUCUGACUGUCACAGAUCCAGAUCUCCAGGUUCAGGUGAUCAGAUCAACAGUCUACAAGAAUUAUACUGAGGCAGAGCUGCUUUGUCACAGCAGCUGUCGUCUACCUGAUCGUCCUUCCUACGUCUGGUUCAAGAAUGGACAGAAAAUGGAAAGCGUGGAGACAUCUUCUUAUAAAGAUCAGUUUUAUCCCAGAGACAUCAUCUCCUGCGCUCUUAAAGGACAUGAGGAUUUCCCCUCUCCUUCAGUGUGUGAGUUUAAUAGACUGUUUCAGCGACGUUACAAUACAAAUUAA